AUGGCUUUUACCAAGCUCCCAUCCUUCCUCUUGCCACUGCUGCUCAUCGUCUUGGCACUAUCAAUGCCAGCGGGGGCUCGCCGUCUUCUGGAGAUAACCUUGCCUGAUAUUCCCAAGCCUCAACUGCCAUCAAUUCCGGAUCUGAUUCCAGAGCUGCCCAUGCCGGAAUUGCCCCACAUCCCAGAUAUUCCGAAGCCGGAGUUGCCGGAAAUUCCGCAUUUGGAUAUUCCGGAAUUGCCUGACUUGCCCAAAAUCCCAACCCUUCCCCAGGAUGUCGCAACCCAAUCUCUCAAGCCAUCUCACUCAACCAGUCCAUGA